AGGAGCGCCUGGUCCGGUAUGAAACUCCGCCCAGCGCCGCAGGGGGAGGACCUCCGCGGCCAAACAUGAGCACAAAGGCGGAGGAAAGCAGCACGCUCGGCGGCUACGACACAAUCCAAGCAGGCGCCACAAUCACCUUUUUGAGUUUUUAUUCUGUCAUUCCAACAAGAAACCACAUGUUCGACCUCGGCUUCGCACCGACCAACUACAGCCGCCUGACAGGACUACUUGUGCCCGGGAGCGACCCACGACCAGCGGCAGGUGUGACGUUACGAGAGAGGCCGGCCAGUGGCUCCAGGUGGACCCGACAACAGCGUCGGAAAGCCGGCCGUCAUGAGGACCUCCCCCUCGGCGUACGAGCCGCCGAUGAGGCGACCCGCAUCCUAGUGACAUCUACCCGCUUAGGAGACGGCUCUUGCAGGUCUCCACCUACCGGCUCACUGGUCAGCUGAGACAGAACCGCCAAGUGUUGGUGUCAGUUUGAAAAUGAGAGAAAGCCACAAGAGUUGUACAAUUAAACACUAAAUACUAACGCACUGCUAUGCUAUCUCCUUAGCGCCACCUGCUGGCAUGGAGAAUCAAUGUAUUUAUUCUGGCUGGAGAGAAAACACCAAAGUCUAAAUUGUAUUUUUUAACAUUGCCAUGUUAUUUUAAAAAUGUUACAUUAGAUAAAUGUCAAUUCAAACGCAAUGUUUAUUGCAGGGGGUCCAACAAGGUGACCAGCAGGGGGCGCCGACAGACCACCACCAAAGAAGACACGACUCGCGCCGGAAGUGUAUGAGGACUGAGCAGCAGAUUAGCUUGAUUAGCCUGGAGGCUAAUUCCUGACAUGACGUGUACAAGCUGAACAGUGCCUGAGCCGUGUUUGCCUGAGUGGGCGUGGACAAUGGCGUUGAUCGAGGGCGUGGGGGACGAAGUGACUCUGUUAUUUGGGGUGCUGAUUUUCUUACUGGUGUUGCUGCUGGCCUGGAUCUCCACCCGCACCGCAGAACCACUGGACCACCCGCUGGAAUCCUCUACGAGGUCCGCCCUUUCCCAGAGGACCCCCCACCAUGACACACCCUCCACCUCUGCUAGUGAGAGAAGUGCGACUGAGACUCAGCCCCCAGUCUCUACAAAGGAAGAUAAAGAAGGCGGAGGAGGCAGACAGGAGGCGGCGGCAAAUGAUGGAGAUGUGGGGAGGAGCGACGGUGGUGAAGACUCUCAGAGAAACAUGGUGGUUAGACUGAAGUUCCUGAACGACACGGAGAGAACGGCGCUGGUCAAACCUCAGGAUACCAUUGGAUAUAUCAAGCGGACCUACUUUGCUGGUCAGGAGCAGCAGGUGCGUCUCAUCUAUCAGGGGCAGCUGCUGCAGGACGACACCGUCACACUGGAGUCGCUCCACUUGACUCACAACUGCGUGCUGCACUGUCACAUCUCUCAGCACGCCCCACGUGCGGCUAUGGGGCCAGGGCCUGCAGACCAAGUGCAGGUGGCUCUCAAUGUGGGCAGCCUGAUGGUCCCGCUGCUGGUCCUCAUGCUGUCAGUGCUUUGGUACUUUCAGAUCCAAUACCGUCAGUUCUUCACGGCACCUGCCACUGCCUCGCUGGUGGGAAUCACCAUCUUUCUUAGCCUGGUGGCCUUUGGCGUUUAUCGCCGCUAGAUGCUCCCUGAUUGGUCCGGCUCGGUUUCCUCACUGGAUUCUACGUACUUUCUGUUCCUGUGGAAAGUCGGCGUGGCGCCACAGCCCAGAUCGACAUUUAGGUCAUUGUGCCUCCUGUUUUCUCUGCUUGGUUCUGGUGGAUGAAACAGGUCAGACUGGCUGAGAGUGGCUGACGGAUGCAUGGAUAUGUUUGUCCACUUUUGAUGAUAUUAAAGCAUUUAUUUAUCUUCACUGUUUAUGUGACUGGUUAA